GUGUAGCACGAUGCAGCUAAAGAGGAUAGAGAUCUGGACAGAUUCUAUAUAUUGUAAACAAUUAUAAAACUUGUAUAGUAUAUUCAAAGAUUUACAGAUCUCGAUUUACUAAAGCAUUAUUUAAUAUUCUCGAACAGCAUGUAUAAAAACUAAAGUCAAAGACAACCAUUUGUGCCUAAUUUUUUAAUCCUGAAGAAAGUUGUCAGCUUUAUUUGUGAUGCAGAUUGUGGUGAAUAAAUUAGGUUAAAUCUAUUUCACAUAUCUUUACUAUGAUAUUUAUAGCAAGAUGAUUAAAAAGAAAAUCAUCUGAAUAAUUCUAUUUUAACGUGAUAACAAACAAUUUUAAGUUUUAUAAAGACAAAAAAAAAAGGUGAUUCUAAUAGUGAAUGAAUGAAGAAGAUAUAAUUGAUGCAAAAUGCAAGCAGAAGUAAAUGACAUACUGGAAAAGUCACUGCAAAAAGCCAGAGAACAUGACAGGACUGGAAAUGUUGGAAAAGCUUAUGCAUAUUACACUAUUGUUGCAGAACUCUCCCCUGCAAAGAGAUCAGAAAUUGAAGAAACAUUCACAGAUGUAUUAUGCGAAUGGGGGAUACAGCUAGCAGAAGAUCACAGAUUUUCAGAUGUUGUACGUUGUUAUAAACAUUCCUUGGAUAUUUAUCCAAAUAGUUCUCGGAUGCUCAAUAAUUUUGCAGCACACUUAUUAAGGAAUAACGAUCCCAUAAGGGCAAUAGAAUAUUUAAAAAGAGCUUUGAAAAUUGAUCUCAACUUUCUACCAGCAGAAAGAAAUUUGCAAAAUGCGUAUAGUAUGGCAGUGGACAGGUGGCACUUUACAAUGCUUAAUGAUAAAUGGAGAAACAGUGCCUUUGAACAAGCUAUACAUAAGAGAAUCAGACAAGGAUAUGAUACAGUAUUAGAUGUAGGAACUGGUACAGGCCUUUUGAGUCUGUAUGCAAAAGAUGCAGGAGCUACAAAAGUUUAUACAUGUGAAUGUUCAGAAGCAAUGAUGUUAAUUGCGCAAGAAGUAUUUGAAUCUAAUAAUGCAGCUGAUAUAAAAUUGAUACCAAAGCUGUCGUUUGAUCUUAAAAUACCUACAGACAUUCCAGAAAGAGUAAAAUUAAUAGUGACUGAAACAUUUGAUGCUGGCUUGUUUGGAGAGCUUGUAGUACCAUCUAUGAUUAACGUGCACAUGAACAUUUUAGAUUCGAAUGGUAUGGUAAUACCUAUGGGUGCGACGAUUUAUGCAGCAGCCAUUGAAUGUGAAUAUAUUAGAUACAGAUCGUCAGUGGUUUUUGAUAAAGUAAAAGAUUAUUGUCCAUUAAAUUUUAAUAAUGUGUCUGUAUUGUCAGAUGACGAAUACUAUGACACAGAAAACCUGGAAAAAGUUCAAAUUAAUUACAUUACAGAGCCACAAGUGCUCUUUAAUAUAAAUUUUAAUGACUUGUUAGAAUUGCAAGAAUUCUGCAAGGAUGGAAUAAAACAGAUGCUGCAAACGAAAUGUAAAUACGAUGGUACCGUAGAUGGUUUAGUCACUUGGUUUAAGUUACAUUUGGACGAGGAGAUUACGCUGGAUUCCUCAGAUGGAAAAUCUUGCUGGCAACUCGCUGUUUUUCCAGCGAUGCCAAUCAAUUGUCACGGUGGAGAUAUCUUGACGAUAAAAGCGGAAAUGUCAAAAAGCAAAUUGAAAUGUUCUUUUAGCACGGACAACGCGCGCUCUAACGAGAAUUGCAAGUUUUUAUAUCGUCUGCCAAAAGAAGUCAUUGUCUUCCUAAAUGAUUUUAAUUACGUCAAAAUGCUCACCGAGAUUGGUAGAUAUCAAGAGAGUAGAGAAAUUAAAUAUAUUUUGGAUACUUCGCCUUUUCCAAUCUAUGGAUUGACGCUUUUAAAGGAACAUAAGGAUAGUGAAAUUUUAUACUACAAAACCGAUAAUCCAACGCUUCGUUUUCUAAUUGAGCAAGUAGCUCGGGAUAGCGGACUCCAAGGAAAAGUAUAUAUGGUAUCUAACUACGACGAAAUUCCAUGUCCUUUGGAUUCUAUAUUAGUUCAUAAUUUUGACAUUAAAGGUGAAUUGAAAGACGAUCAGGAUAGUUGUUAUGAAAUUUUCAGGCACUUACUUAAACCAAAUGGUGUGUUGUUGCCGGAAAAAAUUUUCCUUGUAGGACAAUUAGUAUAUUCGGAAGAUUUACCAAAUAUGGUUUAUGUAAAAGAUGCAAAUCUUCAAAGAUCAUCUUGUUCAUCUAAUACUCCUAUUUGUUUUAAUACGAAUUUGGCCAGCGAAAAUGAUUCACAUAUACAGAUUAAUACAGCUAAUAAAGAAAGUAAAAGUACAAAUUAUGUUAUUGCAGAAUACAUUAACAGAUAUAAGAUCAAUCAAAUAUUCGAUUUAAAUUCGAGUUUAUAUUCGUGUGAAAUCAUAUCUGAUGCGCAAAUAUUGAUAGAAAUAAAUGAAACAGAGACCACGGAAGCAGUCAUGAAUUUUGGGAAAAUAAAUGGUGUAAAUACAACUUUACCAAAUUCCUUAGUAUGUUGGUACAAGAUUCAACUCAGUUCAGAUCAUGUACAUGAUACAAGGAAGAAUGAAUCCUUCAUGAAUCAUAUUGCAAUUGUUUUUGAAGAUGAACUGAGAGAUGUUAUUUUGAGAGAUAAAGAAGUAAAAAUUAAAAUCCACCAAAUGAAAGGUUUAAUAAAAAUCACAGUACUAAAUUUGUAAAAAUCUAAA